UUGGCCUAAGCAGCGGUCACAGAGAGAAGUUUGGAAGAGGGGCUGUCAGCGUAUACGGGCGAAGAAAACAUGGCGAAACAGUGUUUGAAUUGUGUUAUUGUUUGCGCAGUCUUCACGCUUGCACUGAGCGGCCUGGCGUCUUCCAAGUUUUCGUCGGACCGAUACUGCUCAAAGUAUCAUAUACUGAACGAAACUUGGAGAGGUGUCCAAGUGAAAACCAUUGAACUGCACGGACAACACCACUGUGACAACACCGAGGGGUUCCAGACCGCACGAUGGUACAGGUUCAUGGGGGAGGCAGGUACAGCCAUGCCGACGGAACCGCCGCCGUUAUCCCACCGCUGUGGCUCGGACGCCCCCGUCUGGAUGAAUGGUAUCAACCCGACGUACGAAGACGGAGUGGUCGACCGCCAGGUCUGUGCACGGUUUCGAGGGAGAACGUGCAGCUGGAAGUGGAACAUUCGCGUUAAGCGAUGUCCCGAGGGAUUUCUCAUCUACAAGUUGAGACCUGUGAAAGCCUGUAGUCUGACGUAUUGUGGCAUAGGUAUUCAAAAUAUGACGGUUGAUGACGUCGCCAGGCCUGCAUCCAAUGAGAUUGAAGAUGGCUCCGGUGCUUUGGACAAACGCGAAGAAGUUCCCGUGGCGAAAGUUCAUCGCGCCUGUAACAACUACAUUACUUUGGAUGAGCCACAGAGAAGUGUACACUAUCAAAUAGACCCAAACACAGGCACAAGCACUCUUCUAUGCGACAAGAGAAGCGAGGUGAAAAAUGGGUCUUGGUAUCGCUUCGUGGGGGAGGGGGGCGUUACAAUGGCCACGGAACGCCCCCUAUCGACUAAUCGCUGCGGUACACACGCUCCUGUUUGGAUGAGAGGACGGCAUCCAAACGUAACUGAUGGUGUUGUCACCCGAACAGUGUGUGCGUUUUGGGAUGGCAACGAUUGCAAGUGGUCAUGGGAAAUCAAAGUCUUGUCAUGUCCCGGAGACUACUUCGUCUACAAGUUAAGAAAAGCAAAAGAGUGCCUUCUUGCCUACUGCACAACAGCCGGAGCACCAAACACGACAGUGCCUCCCCCUGCAUCUUCCAUGCCUGUUGACAUAUUGAGCGAUGAUGAGGAUGACAUGGGGCCAGGGGAGCCGUACAUUGAAGAUGCACCCACAACUGAAAGUCCCGACGAUGCAGAAGAUGUAGGCUCUGGAGCACCUCAAACCCCAGAACGUGAGGCUGGAACCUACCUGGUUCAUUACAAAGGAUGGAACUACUUCAAAGUACCCGUCAUCGGCGAAAUGACAUCGGCAAACGUGCAGGCAGCCUGCGAGGCAGCCGGGUACGUGACACCAUGUUCAGGGGACCGCGACUGCAUGCAUUCUUCGUCGGAGUGCGUCCUCACUGGGUUGGAAGACUGUAACAACCCGAUGAAGGAAGUAUCCCAAGAGCUGUGUGGUACAAAACCAUACGGCUGUCCAAAGCUGCAGGGUGUCUACCAGUAUAUGAACACUUGGAAGGAUGGUGCCGCGUGUGGAGUAGAGUUGAGAGAUUGGUGUGCUAUUGGUUCUGGAUGGGAGAACAGAUACGCCUUCUGUGCAACAGACCGAAAUGUUACAACCACUGCAUCCCAGGCUACAACCGCUACACCCACCAAAGAGCCAAGGAACUGCUGUGGUAAGAUACUGCGACAGGCGAAGGAAGUAGUUGACCAGUCCAGCGGCUUUAGAGUUCCAGACGGCUGGACCAUGUGUUACAUAGACGAGCGAGACACCGACCACCACCUCACGAAGUGUCGGGACCUGCUUCAAGGAAUUCCCGGUUACGAAGAUGCAGAACAACUGCUCGCAGCCGGAGGAAACUUCGGGUGUUGGCACGGGACAACGGGUGACUCUCCCGGACCGGCUUUCGCAACGAAUAACGUCAUUGAGAACAGCUGUAAGGAUGGCGUACAGCAGAAGACACCACUGAAUUCGUGGAACGUCCGAACAACAACACUUGGCGUCUGUAUAAAGGGCAUCACUUGUGAUGGAGCCCCAGAGACGACAUUUCCUCCUCCUACACCUGUUGUAUCGGAUGAUUUGCUGACUGAGGAUGAGGAUGAUGUUGGGUCUGGGGAGCAGGACAACAAAGAACGGGAAGCGUCAUACCUUGUUCAUUACAAAGGAUGGAACUACUACAAAGUACCUGUCAUCGGAAAGAUGACAUCGGCAAACGUGAAGGCAGCCUGCGAGGCAGCGGGGUACGUGACACCGUGUACAGGGGGCAGCGAUUGCCAGUAUUCCUCGUCGGAGUGCGUCCUCACCGGGUUGAAACAUUGUGGCCACCCGAUGACGGAAGUAUCCCAAGAGCUGUGUGGCACCACACCAACCGAAUGUGCACAGAUGCAAGGUGUUUAUCAAUACAUGAACACCUGGAGUAAAGGCGCCGCUUGUGGCGUGGACUCAACUUGGUGUGCCGUUGGUUCAAAAUGGGAGGACCGGUACGCCUUAUGUGCAGACUCCAACGCUUCAACCGCUGCACCCCAGACUACAACCACUACACCCCAGGUUACAACUACAGCUAGAGAUUCAAGUAGGUAA